CUUGAGCGGUAAUUUCUUAAAUUGUUGGCGCAAUUUAAGCGCGAAACCGAAAAACUAGAAAUACAUCUUUUUAAAGUUAAAGAUAAAAGUGAGAAUUUCGCGUGAAGAAGCGUCAAAAACAUGCCAAAUCUAUCUCAAAGGAGAGCCAAAACAUCAAGUCAACCCGAGGAAGAAGGUAGAGGAAGAAAAAGGCGACACAACAAUGAAGAUACUCAGGAAAGCACGCAAUCCUCUCAAGCAAGCAAUGAACUUAGUAAAGCAGAAAUGGAGAAGAAGGUGACAGAUUUUGUGAGAUAUAUGAUUUUUAUGGAUUCAAAAAAGACUCCAGUACGUCGUGCAGAGCUAAAUAAAAAUGUCAUGAAAGAACACACAAAAUACUUCAAGGCCGUGUUUGAUGGAGCUAAAAAGAAAUUGAGAAAGUUAUUUGGCUACAAGCUUAUUGAGGCUGAAUUGAACAAACUGAAAGUUUACAUGCUUGUUAACGAGAUGCAAGAAGAAGCGUCUCAAGUUGUCCGUAACAGACCUGAUGAUUUACCUAAACUUGGCUUAUUGAUGGUAAUAUUGGCGACAAUAUUCAUGAAAGACAAUGUCAUUACUGACGGAGUGCUUUGGGAUACGUUGAAGAAACUUGGAAUCAACCAAAAGAACGUUCAUGAAACGUUUGGUGACGCGGAGAAACUUAUAUUUGAAUUUGUCAGACAAACGUAUUUGGAUCGUAAGAAGAUCGUCACGGGUGAUACUGUGAUAUACGAGUACAGAUGGGGUGUUCGAGCACAACACGAGAUCACAAAAAGAGAAGUUCUUCAGUUUGUUUCUCAGAUAUACGGCAACGAAGUUGAUGCAUGGACUGCAAAACUAAAGGAGGUCGUUGAACAGGAAGAGGACGCUGCUUCAGAAAGUGAUUAGCCUGCGACUAGGUGGAGUUGAAGAAUCUCCACAAAUUAUGUUUGACUAUGACAAUCGAACUUUGCAUGUCUUUUAAUAUUCUCCGAAUUACAUGUUGCGCCUUUGCAAGAAAAGCACUGUUACUUGCAAAAGGGUGAUUUUAUAAACGAUUUACGUUCGUGAGAUUGAUUGUAACCGGAAGGCAGGAUUUUUCGACAUAAUUUGUGGACAAUUGUCUAGAAUUGAUAGAAAAUGUACUUGCAGUGUAAGCUCUUAUGUAGCUCUUCAUUUCGACCCAUCUCAGUUGUUAUCGAAGAUGAAUCAAAAUAAUUCCUACGAGCACAAGAAAAUUUUUAGAAUUUUGUUCGUUUAUUGUAUAACAACCAAGACUUUGUCUUCAUGCAACAUCACCAUGACAUUUGUGAUCGACAGUUGUAGAUUUACUGUAGAGAAACCACUUGUGUUAUCAUUUGAAUUUUGAAAGCAGAAAGAAUGCUUUCAAGACCUAAA